CUUGAUGUUCGGCCUUACAUUUUCACCGAAGAAGAAGAACACGUGUUUCCGGUGUUUUCUGUCCAUCCCAUCCUGCAUGUCUUGUAAAUAAAUAGUUUUCAGUUAGCCAAAGGUGUAACAAUGGUUCGUAAAUUAAAGCACCAUGAGCAGAAGUUGUUGAAGAAGGUGGACUUCAUCAACUGGGAGGUGGACAACAACCUGCACGAGGUCAAAGUGCUGCGGAAGUACCGCAUUGAGAAGAGAGAGGACUACACCAAGUAUAAUAAGCUGAGUCGUCACAUCAGAGAGCUCGUCCAGAAAAUCCGAGACCUGGAUGAGAAGGAUGGCUUCAGAGCUCAGAGCACACACCGACUGCUGGAAAAACUGUACGGUAUCGGCCUCACACCGACCAAACAGAAUCUGUCCCUGACGGAGAAAGUCACAGCUUCUUCAUUCUGCAGGAGGAGGCUGCCCAGCAUCAUGCUGAACCUCCGUAUGGCUCAGAACCUGAAGAAUGCCAUCACCUUCAUCGAACAAGGACAUGUGCGAGUUGGCCCGGAGAUCAUCACAGACCCAGCAUUUCUCGUCACAAGAAAUAUGGAGGAUUUCGUCACUUGGGUGGACUCCUCUAAGAUCAAGCAGCAUGUCCUGAAUUAUAAUGAUGAGAGGGACGACUUUGAUCUAUUGGCAUAAAUCUGUGGUGUAAGAUCUUUUCAUCACCCUGGAGGAAAAGACCUGACUGUAACAUCAAGAAACCAACAACCCUGAAGAAAACCUCGGAAAGUGUGGAAAGAAAACGAGUUCUCCUAAACAAGGACAGGAGUAGACUACAAAAUGUUCACCAAACCUCUUUUAGUGGUGCCAACAUUUGCAACUGAAAUCUGAUCUACUGAGCAUUAACCAUCCAAAAGGUCUGGAUUCCUCUCCUGCUCCUCCAGAAGAACACACAGUCUCAGUUGUUUCCUCAUGUUCCCAGCAGAGCCUCUCCCAACAUGGUCUGUCCCCCCUGGUCCUGCAGAGCAGCUCAGGGUUCUUAAGGUGACUGUUUCUCCUGUGCCUCACGUUGUGUGAACAUGAGCUGCAUUCCUGUAUGUAAAAAGCCUGAACGAUAUGGGAAAACAAUCCAAUUCCUUUCUUACUGAUAUUGUAAUAACAAUAUAUAUAAGUAAAUGAUUUUUGCUGCAUUCUCAGUUUUUAUUAAAAAAUACAGUAACAUUA